CCCUGUGGUGGUUGCGACUUGUCCGAAGGGGUCGGUGAUGCACGCUCCUCUCAUGGGCUGCGCUCUGGGUCUGCGGGGUUGCGCGACUGAUGUGUAUCUAUUUUGCGGUGUUGCGAGUUAUUGCGAUGUGGUUGAGACUUGAAGAAAUAAUGAUUGGAAUUGAUAGUAAAAGUCAUUCAGAGAAAGUGUGAAUUCUUGAGAAGAAAAGCUGAGAGAGGGCGAAGAACAGACAAAAUCUUAUAAGGAACGACAUAACACUGAGAGAUUACGAACGAAUGGAAAAGAGAUAAAAAGGAAAACAAAAACAAAAAAAAAAAAAAAAACCUGAGGAACAUCAAAAACCCUGGACAACUUGCUGCGAGGAAGAAGCGACCCGAAGAGACGUCCUGACAUCCCGAGCCCCUCCUGAAGGCGCCCGAGAUGGAGACGCAGAAGGGCGUGCGGGCGGGGAUGGUGCUCGUGGUGGCGGCGCUGGCGGUGAUCGGCGGCAGCGUGCGGGCGGCGGCCGUCUCGACCUGCCUUCCCGCCGAAGAGAUCGCGCCCUGCACCUGCAAGGAGAAGUCGAGGGGACCGAGCCUGGUGUGCGAGAACGUGGACGAGAAGGCGAUCCAGAAGAGCCUGAGCGUGCUGAAGAAGGGCUCGAGCGCCAUCUACCGCCUCAUGUUCCGCAACAGCGACUUCCCUCGCAUCCAGGACUACUUCUUCCUCGGCCUCAACGUGCAGCAUCUCACCAUGAGCAGGAGCAACAUCAGCGUCGUGGAGGAAUCCUCUCUCAGGACUCUGGCUGGCACGCUGGAAACGCUCGACCUGUCCUACAAUAAUUUGCAUACG